AAUUUUCUUUAUAAACAAUUCUGUAAUCUUUAAAAUAUCGGAACGAAAUUCAGUAGGUUCCCCAAAUGGCGAUGUCGUCGAAAGGUUCAACAACUCAAUACCCGAGUGCUGCGAGAAUCGCUGAUUCUCAGUGUUUUCCUCAAUACACUGCUUCACUCAAAUGUUUAGAGGAAUUUAAUUCUGAUAAGAGUAAAUGUCAACAACAUUUUGAUGUUUACAAGGAGUGCAAGAAAAAGGAGAGAGAAGCACGGUUGGAACGUAAUAAAAAUCGGUCCUUCUUCUCUUGAAAUCUUAGCUGGGUUUUGCUGAUUAUAUCAUAGGAGACACAGUAAAUAGUUCAUCAGGAUCACUGAGGUUAUGAAGUUUACUGAAGCUAUG